AUUCCCAGAGUUUCCUGGACAGUAGUAUGAACCAGACUCCAGUGUCGUCGGAAGGACAGCUGUUCUGCUCGGAAGUGUCUGUCACUACCGCCUCCUGUCAGAGAAUGUUCGGAUCCAUGCGGUCUGUAUUGUCAGGCAGCCCCUUCCCACACACAGACAGGUACUGUUGGCAAUCACACUCUAACGUGUGUGUGUGUGUACUAUACUGUAGCUACAUCUGUGUUUAUAUCUGACCUUGCCCUCCUCUCUCCUCCUCAGCCAAACUCCACCUCCAGUGUGGCUGGACAGGACUCCUAUGUCCCUGUCCUCCCCGUCCCCCUCCCCCUCUCUGUCUCCGCUCAGCCUCCCCAAUGCCCACAGCUCUCCCCGGGGGGUCCCGAGGGGCCUGGAGGGAUCUGGGGACCUGAGCUGGGGUGAGAGGAACAAGGGGUACCAGAGCCAGGGGGACUUAGCCUCUCUGCUGCUGGGGAAUGGAGGUCUGGGACUGGAGCACAGCCUGUUGGAAGCAGUGGAGGGGCUGGGGGGCCUGGAUCUAGGCCUGGGUCUAGGCCUGGACCUGGGGCUUGGAGAGGGCGGACUGGGGGGACUGCCACCCCUGCUGCCUGAGAAGAGGGUACCGGGGCUGGGGCUGGGUGGGUUGACAUCCCCCUCGUUCAGUGGGUUCUCCAGCCCCCACAGUGGUAGUAGUCUCAGCAUCCCCUUCCCUUCAGCCAUGACCCCUGACCCUCUCAUGACCUCUGACCCUCUCAAAGGACUCAGCGCUGGUGGUGGUGGAGCCCCUUCACCUGGAUCAGGUACACACACACACACACACACACACACACACACACACACACACACACACACACACACACACACACACACACACACACACACACACAUACAGUCCCUCUGCUGGCCCAUGUUGUGUUAUAAACAUACACAGUAUAGACAGGUAUAUGUUGACUCCAUACAUACAGUGAAAUCAGGCAUGCUGUUGUCUUUGUAUGUACAGUGCCAGUCAAAAGUUUGGACACACCUACUCAUUCAAGGGUUUUUCUUUAUUUUUACUAUUUUCUACAUUGUAGAAUAAUAGUGAAAACAUAAAAACUAUGAAAUAACACAUAUGGAAUCAUGUAAUAACCAAAAAUGUGUUAAACAAAUCAAAAUAUAUGUUAUAUUUUAGAUUCUUCAAAGUAGCCACCCUUUGCCUUGAUGACAGCUUUGCACACUCUUGGCAUUCUCUCAACCAGCUACACCUGGAAUGCUUUUCCAAUAGUCUUGAAGGAGUUCCCACAUAUGCUGAGCACUUGUUGGCUGCUUUUCCUUCACUCUGUGGUUCAACUCAUCCCAAAUCACCUCAAUUGGGUUGAGGUCAGGUGAUUGUGGAGGCCAGGUCAUCUGAUGCAGCACUCCAUCACUCUCCUUCUUGGUCAAAUAGCCCUUACACAGCCUGGAGGUGUGUUGGGUCAUUGUCCUGUUGAAAAACAAAUGAUAGUCCCACUAAGCGCAAACGAGAUGGGAUGGCGUAUUGCUGCAGAAUGCUGUGGUAGCCAUGCUGGUUAAGUGUACCUUGAAUUCUAAAUAAAUCAUUGACAGUGUCACCAGCAAAGCACCCCCACACCAUCACACCUGCUCCUCCAUGCUUCACGGUGGGAACCACACAUGCAGAGAUCAUCCAUUCACCUACUCUGCGUCUCACAAAAAUCUAAAAUUUUGACUCAUCAGACCAAAUGACAGAUUUCCACUGGUCUAACGUCCAUUGCUCGUGUUUCUUGGCCCAAGCAAAUCUCUUCUUAUUAUUGGUGUCCUUCAGUAGUGGUUUCUUUGCAGCAAUUCGACCAUGAAGGCCUGAUUCACGCAGUCUCCUCUGAACAGUUGAUGUUGAGAUGUGUCUGUUACUUUAACUCUGUGAAGCAUUUAUUUGGGAUGCAAUUUCUGAGGCUGGUAACUCUAAUGAACUUAUCCUCUGCAGCAGAGGUAACUCUGGGUCUUCCAUUCCUGUGGCGGUCCUCAUGAGAGCCAGUUUCAUCAUAGCGCUUGAUGGUUUUUGCGACUGCGCUUGAAGAAACUUUAAAAGUUCUUGAAAUGUUCUGUAUUGACUGACCUUCAUGUCUUAAAGGAAUGAUGGACUGUCGUUUCUCUUUGCUUAUUUGAGCUGUUCUUGCCAUAAUAUGGACUGGUAUUUUACCAAACAGGGCUAUCUUCUGUAUACCACCCCUACCUUGUCCCAACACAACUGAUUGGCUCAAACGCAUUAAGAAGGAAAGAAAUUCCACAAAUUAACUUUUAACAAGGCACACCUGUUAAUUGAAAUGCAUUCCAGGUGACUACCUCAUGAAGUUGGUUGAGAGAAUGCCAAGAGUGUGCAAAGCUGUCAUCAAGGCAAAGUGUGGCUACUUUGAAGAAUCUCAAAUAUAAAAUAUAUUUUGAUUUGUUUAACACUUUUUUGGUUACUACAUGAUUCCAUAUGUGUUAUUUCAGAGUUUUGAUGUCUUCACUAUUAUUCUACAAUGUAGCAAAUAGUACAAAUAAAGAAAAACCCUUGAAUGAGUAGGUGUGUCCAAACUUUUGACUGUACCAUCGUGCUCUAGUCUGUUUGUCUCUUCCUCUCUCUCUAGAAUGGGAGAGUCAGACUCAGUGGUUGUCUUUGCCUGUGCUUUGUGUUGCAGACCUGUUUGCCAGUAAGCAGGAGAGUGUGAAGUUUGUUCAGGACACAUCCAAGUUCUGGUACAAGCCUGACAUCUCCAGAGAUCAAGGUAAAUAUUGUCUCUAAAUAUUAGACAUCUGCUGCAAGAACUGUGUGUUAGUGAGUGUGUGUGUGUGUGUGUAUGUUGACACCCUAUUUCCUAUAUAGUGCACAACUGCUAUGGGCCCUGGUCAAAAGUAGUGCACUAUAUAGGGAAUAGGGUGGCCAUGUGGGUGUUGUGACUUUCUGUGUAAGACAUGUGUUUUGUCCUCUGUGGUGCUCUGUAGCCAUCACUGUGCUGAAGGACAGAGAACCUGGAUCUUUUGUCGUCAGGGACAGUCACUCGUUCCGCGGAGCCUACGGAUUGGCUAUGAAGGUGGCUACACCCCCUCCCUCUGUCCUGACACAGAGCAAGAAAGGUUGGUGUCAUAGGCUAAAUUUUUGAGCGUCCCAUUCUCUAUUAAGUAUGAAGUGCGCUACUUUUGACCAGAGCCCUAUGGGAAUAUGAACUCCUGAGUGGCGCAGUGGUCUAAGGCACUGCAUCGCAGUGCUAACUGUGCCACUAGAUCCUGGUUCGAAUCCAGGCUCUGUCGCAGCCGGCCGCGACCGGGAGAUUCAUGGCCGGCGCACAAUUGGUCCAGGGUAGGGGAGGGAAUGGCCGGCAGGGAUGUAGCUCAGUUGAUAGAGCAUGGUGUUUGCAACGCCAGGGUUGUGGGUUCGUUUCCCACGGGGGGCCAGUAUAAAAAAAAUAUGUAUUCACUAACUGUAAGUCGCUCUGGAUAAGAGCGUCUGCUAAAUGACUAAAAUGUAAAAUGGAAUAGGGUGCCAUUUGGGACACAGCCUCAGAGAGGUACAUCAGUUCCAGCAUGGUCUCAUUAGAUUAUGUCAUAAUAGGGUCAUUCCAAUUCAUUUCAGUAAGCCAUGACACCCACCAUCUCAGAUUGUUCUGAAAUGGAUUCUGUAGAAACAGAUAAGAUAAGCCUUCCUGUAUCAUUCUUUUGUUGAAAGACAAUUUGAACUCUGAGAAAUUAAGGUAAUUGAUUGAACCCAAAUUGGCCAUUUCAAUUUAUAGGAUUCAUAUAAUAUUCAAUUGAUAUAGUACCCAUCAUCCGAUUUGUACCAAACCUCUUCUUAACAAUGAUUAAGACGUGAGGAAUCCAAGUAAAUGGCCAAAAGCCACGCACGGACCCCCCCAAACCCCACACCAAGCCGACCCCAAUGGCCAGUAUACAUGAUCAGUUCUCUAUGUAUAAUAAGUAGUAUGAAGCUGCGGCUUGGAAUAAUGUUAAUUCAUACUAUGUAAUGUAUUCUCAGUGAAUUUGGUGCUGUUGUUUUUGUUUCUUUUCAGAGAAAUUAGCCAUUGAAGUCACUUGCAUUUUCCCCCAUAAAUUAGUGUGAAAGUACCAGGUUUUUCCCACUAGAUGCUGCUGUUUCUGCUUCUGCCACACACAUUUAUCCAUCAGAAAUGCACUUUCUUGUGCUUUUUGAGGUGGAACGACUCAGUAGUGACAUUUAACCAUUGUAGUUAUAUAGUGUGUCACUUCUGACUUAUUUCAAAUGAGAUAUGUCUGUCAGUCCAGGGCAGUGUAGGGUGAAGUUACCCCUAGAUGCUGACCCUGGGUCAAUUUGGUAUUUUCUCCACUAAUGGUUAAGGUUAGGAUUGGGGGAAGGGAAGCUGAUCCUAUAUCUGUACCUAGGGACUUGCCAUUUCUCCACACCUCUCUGACUCUGAGAUCCCUCUCUGAUGAUGUCACUUCCUGUCUCCACAGUGGGAGGGGACCUGUCCAAUGAGCUGGUGAGGCACUUCCUGAUUGAGUGCACGCAGAAAGGGGUACGACUUAAGGGCUGUCCCAACGAACCCUACUUUGGUGAGGACAUAUUCCUGUGUGUUGUGUUAUGUGGUGUGCAUAUGUUUACUGUAUGUGUGUUGUGUUGUGUGACUAUGGCUGCGUUUAGACAGGCAGCCCAAUUCUUAAAUUUGUUUCAGUAAUUGGUAUUUGGACCAAUCAGAUCAGCUCUAGGAAAAGAUCUGAUGUGAAAAGAUCUGAUGUGAUUGGUCAAAAGACCAAUUAGUGGAAAAAAAUAUCAGAAUUGGGCUGCCUGUGUAAAUGCAGCCUAAGUUUACUGUAUGUGUGCAUAUGUUCAGUUUUGAUGAAAUAAUAUGCAAUGUCUUCCUCUGGUGGACAUACUGAGUAGUGCAUCUAAACAGGUCCAUAAUAACUAGAUGGUAUGUGAAAGCAUCUGAGACAGUCUGUUUCCUGUUCCUCACAGGAAGUCUGACUGCGUUGGUCUGUCAACAUUCCAUCACCCCCAUGGCCCUGCCCUGCAAACUCAUCAUCCCCGACAGAGGUAAGAAAGUGCGUGUGUUUGCAGUGGUGUAAAGUACUUAUGUACAAAUACUUUAAAGUACUACUUAAGUAGUUUUUUUGGGUAUCUGUACUUUACUUUACUAUUUAUAUUUUUGAUUACUUUUACUUUUACUUCACUACAUUCCUAAAGAAAAUAAUGUACAUUUUACUCCAUACAUUUUCCCUGACACCCAAAAGUACUCGUUACAUUUUGAAUGCUUAGCAGGACAGGAAAUUGGUACACUCACGCACUUAUCAAAAGAACAUCCCUGGUCAUCCCUACUACCUCUGAUCUGGAGGACUCACUAAACAUAAAUACUUUGUUUGAAAAUGAUGUCUGCAUGUUGUAUUGUGCCCCUGGCUAUCCGUAAAUAAAAAAAACAAGAAAAUUGUGCCGUCUGGUUUGCUUAAUAUAAGCAAUUUGAAAUGAUUUAUACUUGUACUUUAACUUUUGAUACUUAAGUAUAUUUUUGCAAGUAAAUUUACUUUUGAUACUUAAGUAUAUUUAAAACCAAAUACUUUUAGACUUUUACUCAAUUAGUAUUUUACUGGGUGACUUUCACUUUUACUUGAGUCAUUUUCUAUUAAGGUAUCUUUACUUUUACUCAAGUAUGACAAUUGGGUACUUUUUCCACCACUGUGUGUUUGUGUGUGUGUGUGUGUGUGUGUGUGUGUGUGUGUGUGUGUGUGUGUGUGUGUGUGUGUGUGUGUGUGUGUGUGUGUGUGUGUGUGUUUUUAUAAAUUCCGCCAAACUCUUUUUUCUUUCUGUGUUGUCAGACCCUCUGGAAGAUACUAGUGAGCCAUCAACACAGUCAGCCACCAACUCUGCUGCUGAGCUACUCAAACAGGGAGCAGGUACUGUUUUAUCUCAGCUCUCCUCUUCUCUGACAUGGUGGGUGUGUGUUUCAGUGUGUCUCUGUUUCAGUGUGUGUGUGUGUGUGUGUUACUGUGUAUGACGUGUGUGUGUGUGUAUGUUUCCCCUCCCCAGCCUGUAAUGUGUGGUUCCUGGGCUCAGUAGAACUGGAGUCUCUAACAGGGUACCAGGCUGUGCAGAAGGCAGCCAGUCUGACUCUGGCCAUGGACCCUCCUCCUACCUCCACUGUGGUCCACUUCAAAGUCUCAGCCCAGGGCAUCACCCUCACUGACAACCAGAGGAAGUGAGUCAUACACACAAAUGCAUGCACACACUCAUAAUGUAAAGAACCUCCUAAUUGCAACAGAUAUUAUAUACCUACACUACAAUGCACUCACCCCUCACUGCCUGUCUCUGUCUCUCUCUCUGUCUGUAGGCUGUUCUUCAGGAGACACUACACUGUCAAUACAGUCAUAUUCUGUGCUCUUGACCCACAGGAACGCAAGUGAGUACUGUACACUCCAUGGUGUGUGUGUGUUCCAGAUAAUCAUGCAUGGUAAUUGAACCUAUUCUCUUCUCACCAGGUGGACUAGAGAUGGCUGCUCCUCUGCUAAGUAAGUCAUCCCCUCAUUUCACCUCCUCUCAUUCUUUCUCUCUCUCUGUCUCUUUCUGUCUCUCUCUCUCUCUCUCUCUCUCUUUUUUUUAUCUAUCUAUCUCAUUGUCUAUCGUUACUCCCUCUAUCAAUCAGAGCUAUCACUUCUCUUUUCUGAAUUAUUUAUUGAAUAGCACUGGGUCGUCUUCAUUAGUACACACCAUAGCGAAACAUAGCAAAACGUUUUGCAACGGAAAUUUUUUGCAAUUAAAAUGUGUUUCUUAUUGGAUAAAAUUCAGGUAGGUCACCCCCCAUUUCGGCCCAUUUGUUUCCGUUUCAUUCCUUGUGAAUAUUACUCUGGAUUAUUCUGUUUGGCUGUUGAAGCUGAAGGCUUACUGAGCUUCUCUGCUGUUUCUCCUGUCAGGAUCUUUGGUUUUGUGGCGAGGAAGUCGAUGAAUGGGACAGAGAACGUGUGUCACGUGUUUGCUGAACACGACCCCGAACAACCUGCCAGUGCC